AUGCUUGCCCUACAACGCUCCGGAAAUGUUGAAGAUAAAUGUGUCGUCAACAUCCUCCCUUGCCGCAUCCACCACAAUGGGCCAACCAAAGUGACGAAGAGAUAUUGGUCGCCGCAAGCGGAGAAAGACGGUACGGCAACGUCCUACUUUCGAGGUCGCCGGUUGCGAGGCAAUUCCAUAAAGGUACCUGCCGGGUACCGAGGUGAGAAUGUCCCUAGAGAGUCCCCCAGGAAGGCCGACAUUGAUAUGUUCGCAGGCGUCGUCGCAAAGACAACAGACCGAUUCCUCCCACAACCAUGCAGAAUGCAGAGUGGCCCUACAUAUACCGCUGUGGAUGAAGACAUUGAGAUCGCCGAUGAAGAAGACGAAGACGAGCCUCCCGAGCCGGUCAUGCUACUCGAAGAAUUAUCGACCUUCGAGGAUGUUAUAGUCUGGGGUCAUGACGCCGUGCCAACGAACGAAGACACCUUUGUGAAAGGCAUUGAAGAAUGGAUUGCCUUCGCCGAGGCGAUCCACGGCACUUCCACGAAGCCCACUCGGCAGACCGACACCGAGAAUGAAAAAAGGGAAGAUGAUCGAGACACACGUACGACAACGCGAGUCUCGUCGCCCUAG